AUGCAUAAGGAAUCUAGAAUUCAAGAAUUAUGCGUCGGCUUGAGGCCUCUAACCCGAUCGUUGCACGAUGUAGAAGGUUCCUUCAAGAUCACACUGACGUCGGAUCCGCGGCUGCCAUACAAAGUACUCAGUGUUCCUGAAAGUACACCUUUCCCAGCAGUCUUAAAGUUUGCAGCAGAAGAACUUAAAGUUCCUGCAGCAACAAGUGCAAUUAUUACCAAUGAUGGAAUAGGAAUAAAUCCUGCACAGACUGCUGGAAAUGUUUUUCUAAAACACGGGUCAGAACUGCGAAUUAUUCCUAGAGAUCGAGUUGGAAGUUGUUAA